CAUUUCCUUUUUUUAUUUUAUUUUCUUUUUUUUUUUACCUCUUCGUCCUCCCGCUCGUAGCUCGCCCACUGUUCAGAAACCGCCAAUCCAAAUUCCCCGGCAAAUUUACCGAUCCGUGGAAACGCUCAGAAUUAUCCUGGUAAAAAAAAAAGAUUGCAGAAUCUUGGGGCGUGGCUGUGAUUAUUUGGACUGCAGGUCAUGUGCUGUCAAAAUUCUUGCAUGCAUUUGUCUGCAGAAGAGUCAGAUUCAGCUGCAGAGAAUCUCUUAGUAUAUUGCAAGCCUGUAGAGUUGUACAAUAUUCUUCAUCGCCGUGCUUUACACAAUCCUUCAUUUCUUCGAAGAUGUCUGAAAUACAAAAUACAGGCAAGGCAUAGAAGGCGGUUGAGGGCUGGAAUUGUAAUUUUCAACUAUAAAGAUUAUGGCAAUAUGCUACAAAAGACUGAAGUAACUGAAGAUUUCUCUUGUCCAUUUUGCUUGAUGCAGUGUGCAAGGUUUAAGGGUCUGCGGUAUCAUUUGUGCUCUUCACAUGACUUGUUCAACUUUGAUUUCUGGGUCACAGAGGAGUAUCAAGUGGUGAAUGUCUCUGUGAAAAUUGAUAUAAUGGUAUCUGAGACUGUGGCAAGUGGAGUAGACCCACGAGUAGAAACUUUCUGCUUCUGCUCGAAGCCUCGAAGGCGUUGGGCUACAAACCCUCUUCAGAGUGAGAAGAAUGUCAAUGUACAAUUUUUGGAGUUGGACUCACCCAAAAUGGCCAGUGAAAGCAGGCAGAAUGGAUUUCUGGAGAAGGAUGAUGGUGAGAGGGUUUCCAAGUCAAUUCCUGUUGAGAGAGAUAUGCAGAAUGGAUGGCAUGGUGUGGAAAACUAUGGCUCUGAUUAUACAAGUGCAACAGAGUGUGUUGCACCGGUUGCAACUAGUUGCAAUGGUCCAGGAGUUUCAAUUGCAAUGGCUCAAUCUCCUGUGGAGCCUGACUGUAUUAAAUCAUUAUCUGCAAAUGAUACAGCUGUUCCUCCUGUAAAAACAAAGAAAAUAAUGGCAGAACGGUCUGAACCUAGGAACCGCAUGCUCCUGGUGAAACGCCAAUUCUUUCACUCACACCGAGUUCAGCCAAUGGCAAUAGACCAAGUAAUGUCAGAUAGGGACAGUGAAGACGAAGUUGAUGAUGACAUUGCAGAUCUUGAAGAUCGCAGGAUGCUUGAUGAUUUUGUGGAUGUUAGCAAAGAUGAGAAGCAGCUUAUGCAUCUUUGGAACUCGUUUGUUAGAAAGCAAAGGGUUCUGGCUGAUGGUCAUGUUCCCUGGGCAUGUGAGGCUUUCUCAAAACUCCAUGGCCAGGAGUUGGUGCAAUCACCUGCUCUCUUUUGGUGUUGGAGGUUGUUCAUGAUCAAACUUUGGAAUCAUGGUCUUCUUGAUGCGGGCGCAAUGAACAACUGUAGCAUGAUACUUCAAAGAUGCCAAAAUGAGGGAUUGGAUGCUAUGAAAAGCUGAAAUGAACAAGUGAUACACAACUUCAACAUCAGGGUUUAGAGAUGAUACAGUGCAUGCACACUGUUUUUUUCUCCUGAUCAUCCCAUUCAUUCCUUUUCCAUUCUUUCUCUCACAAUUUGGCCAGAAUUGGUCCUUAAAUAUUCUUUCUCAUUGUUGUAAUGGCAAUACUUUAUUCAACACUGGCCUUAGGUUUUACCUUUUUAACAUAAAGAAGUUGACUUGUCAGUCCCUUUGUUCU